UCUUGCGUUCGAUUCGCUACUUUUGGAGGUGAGGCGGAUGCACGCCCAUCGGGAAGGGACACAGCUCGCACGGAGUCGGGCACGCUCGCAGCCCGCAUUUACUUCAUCUCGGGAACUCCAACAGCUCAACGCAACUUAAACACGCUCAACAGGCAGCGCCAACGAUGCAUGCGCCGCUGGUUCUCCUCUUCCUCGUAGCUUAGCAACGGUCCGAGCUAGGGGAGGAGAGCGGCAGCUGCGCCAUGAGUGACGGCGAUGCAGCAGGGGCCAAGAGGGAGGCCGAGGAGGCGGCGAAGAGGAAGAGGGAGUCCGUGCUCAGCUACUGGGGUGCCGUGGUGAAGGAUGACCGGAAGCUCUGCAAGUUCGAUCUCGGCUCCCUGGAGAGAAAAAUGUUCUCUUGGUCCGUCCAGGAUAUCUUCAACAGGGACCUCCUCAGGCAGCAGGUCAAGAGCAUACCGGAUACCUUCACGUCAUUACACACUUAUCUGGACUCGUUCAAAUGUCCUCUGAUUGAAGAAGUACAUGCUGAUCUCUUCUCAUCAUUGGACGGUUAUGCUCAGGCAAACUAUAUACAGAUAGUCUGGAUGGAGAAGCUUGAUGAUGAGAAAUCAAUAUUCUGUUUUGAGGUUUCUAAGCCAUCAAAGGAUCAGAAGUCCAGAGAGACAUAUGAUCCCAAAGAGGGGGACAUAAUAGUUGUGUCCUUGCAGAAACCGCGUCAUGUGUCUGAUUUGAAACAAAAUAAGGCAUCGUAUGUUUUAGGUUUAGUUCUAAAAUGUGAAGACAAAGAAGAUGGAGAUUUCCCACCCAAUUGCUGUAUUGUUCGGUUUUCAUCUUCUAUUCCUGUUGAAGUAGAUUCAGAAACAAAAAAACCUAUGGAGCCAUCAUUUGUUGUGUUCCUCAUAAAUAUGAAGACCUUCACCCGUAUAUGGGACUGCCUUCAUAUGGAAAUAGGUGAUCCGAACAGAAGGACUAGUACUGGUAUCAUCAAUCUAGCUUGGCAGUACAAGCCAAAGGUAGUGGAAAGCUCUUCGUGCUCCCAGAUAUCUCAAUGUUUUGCUCGUAGAUCAAUUGAUGGUCUUGGCAUCGAGAAGUUCAACUUAAAUGAUUCACAGCUGAAUGCAGUAGCAGACUGUGCCUCAGAAAUGGAGAACUACUCACCUUCCAUAAAACUCAUUUGGGGCCCCCCUGGGACAGGUAAAACAAAAACCAUCAGCACUAUCCUGUGGGCAAUGCUCAUCAAGGGCUUAAGGACACUUACCUGUGCACCAACCAAUACUGCCGUAAUGGAAGUUGCAUCUCGAAUUGUGAGGCUUGUUGGAGAGUCUUCAGAUGGCAGCGUCUGCUUUCUGAAUGACAUUGUCCUGUUUGGAAACAAAGAUAGGAUGAAGAUAGAUGAUAGUGAUGAUCUUUCCAUGGUAUUCCUUGACUCACGUGCAGAGCGUUUGUUAUCAUGUUACGUCCCAAACACUGGUUGGAGGCAUUGCUUAUGUGCCCUGAUAGAUCUUCUAGAGAAUCCUGUGACCAAGUACAAGCUGCACAUAGGGUAUAUUCUUGAGGAAAUGAAAUAUAGGGACAAACUCCUGCGCGACGAUCGUCUUGUCGCACUUCUCUCUGUGUUCCACAAGUCCAAUGAUCAUCUUCUUGCACUUCAUUCAGUGUUCCGCAAGCCAAUCCACAACACGCCUGAAGACAAGGAAGAAAAGUGCCACAAGGAAGGACGGUAUGACUCUGAAGCUAUGAAGAAAGCAUUCAGAGUACUACCAUUCAAGGAUUAUUUUAAAGGUAGUUACAAGAAACUUUUGGAGAAUUUGUGCAAUUGCAUUGAGAUACUGUACAGUGAUCAUCCAAGAAGUUCAGAAACAGGACAGAGCUUUCAGUGUAUGCUGGAAGUGCUUGAAUUGAGUGAAAUUCUCCAUACUUCGAUAAAUUGUUAUGCGGAUAGUGAUGAUAUUUGGCCAGAUGAAGUUCUUGAGGGAAAUAUAAAAGAGGACUGUAACCCUGUUUCCUGGCCUCAGCAGGUAGCAUUUCUGCGGACUAACACAUGCAAGAAAUCUAAGUUCAAGCUGGCCAGAUCCCUGUGUGUGCAAGAACUACGAUAUCUUCGUAAAAACUUGGAGCUUCCAGAUUGUUACAGCACGAGGUCAAUUCAACUGUAUUUGUUACAGCGAGCGAAAUGCAUUCUCUGUACAGUUUCUAGUUCUUUCAGGUUGUAUAAUGUGCCCAUGGACAAUUCUAUUUCUGAAUGCGGAUUGGUCACGAAGCCUGAAAAUUUAAAUCCUCUGGAGUUGCUGAUUGUCGACGAGGCUGCACAGCUCAAAGAGUGUGAGACCUUAAUUCCCUUACAGCUGCCUGGUAUAAGGCAGGCUGUUUUCAUUGGAGAUGAAUAUCAGUUACCUGCUCUGGUGAAAAGCAAAAUAUCUGACAAUGCUAAGUUCGGGCGAAGUGUCUUCGAGAGGUUAAGUAUGCUGGGCUAUGGUAAGCACCUUCUCAAUGUGCAAUACAGGAUGCAUCCAAAAAUAAGCAGGUUUCCAGUUGUUACAUUUUACGAUGGGAAGAUAUCUGAUGGUCCAAAUGUGACCACUAAAAGCUACGAAAAGAACUUUUUAGCAAGCGAAGUGUUUGGGUCGUACUCAUUCAUAAAUGUAGAGGGAGGACAUGAAACAACUGAGAAGCACGGCCGUAGCCUGAAAAACACAAUUGAAGCUGCUGCAGUUUCGCGGAUAGUGCAGAGGUUGUUCAAAGAGUCAGUCUCUACAGGAAUCAAGAUCUCUGUUGGUGUUGUGUCCCCAUAUAAUGCUCAAGUUAGAGCAAUAAAUGAAAAACUUGGGAAAUCCUACAAUAUGCAUGAUGGUUUCUCUGUGAAAGUGAAAUCUGUGGAUGGUUUCCAAGGUGCAGAGGAAGAUAUCAUUAUCAUAUCAACAGUGAGGAGCAACAAGGCUGGUUCUGUUGGAUUUCUUACAAACAUGCAGAGGACCAAUGUAGCUUUGACAAGGGCUAAACACUGUUUAUGGAUAGUAGGAAAUGGGACAACUUUGUCGAAUAGCAAGUCUGUUUGGCAGAAGAUAGUGAAAGAUGCACAAGAUCGAGGAUGCUAUUUUGAUGCCUGUGAAGACAAAGAUCUGUCGAAUGCUGUAAACAACGCUGUCAUUGAGCUUGACGAUGCCGAGAAUUUAGUGAAGAUGGACUCGCUGCAUAUUAGCAGGCCAAGGUUUCAGAACUCAAGGCCUAAAUAUCGUUAGUGAGAUUCAGUAGUGCCAGCAGACCCCUAAUCGUACGCGUUGUUGGCAUGAUGUUCUCGUUGUGGGGCUUACUUUGCUGAAGAGGCUUCGUCUGUGUUAGUAUGGCUCCGCUGAGUGUAGUGAGAUGCCUACAUUUUGUUGAGCCUAAGCUUGAGGCAUCCUUAUUGCUCAAGCUCAGUUGUGUUAGUUUUCCAUUAUUCCACCAAGACUGAUCGACACAGACCAUCCAUCUUAUUUUGCAAUGCUGUUUUCUGAGAUCGUGUUC